GCGUCACUCUUGACCAACGCGAUACCCGGCUGCACCGACCCGUGCUCCGGCCGCCGCCGCGGCUUGUCAUUCGUGCAUUCGAAGUCGCGUCCUUUUCCUGCCGAGUUUUAACUGUCGUCGCCGCCGCUGUGCAUAGAGAGCAGCGCGUUUACACCGCCCUCCAACCCCUUGUAGCAGACGUAGCGCCGCGCAAACCAGUUCAAAGUCAAUCACUGUAGCACUACUCAACACAAGAAUCAGCAAAAUGACUACGGCGACUACGGAAGAGACUAAGAACGUCCCGCAGGACGUCAAGGAACCGGCAAAGGACGGUGCUGACGCCGUAGCCGAAACCAACAACAAACAGACGGAGAACAGCGACAAGAAACCAGCAGUGGCGGAGAAGGACGACAAGGUAGCGACGCCCGCCGCUCCGGCUGAACCACCUCAGCCAAAGUUCUCCGUGAAGAAGCAGAACUUUGAGAAGGACGUCGUGUACCUGUACCAGUUCUCGCGCACGCCCGUCAUCCCGUCCAUGUCACCGUAUUGCCUCAAGGUGGAGACAUGGCUCAGGCUUGCUGGACUCAAAUACGAGAAUGUCGACCAUAAAAUGAAGCACCGUUCCAAAAAAGGACAAUUGCCGUUUAUUGAAUUGAAUGGCGAAGAAAUUGCUGAUAGUACUUUAAUUAUUAAAGAGCUUAGUCAGAAAUUUGGCAAAGACAUUGAUGCUGCAUUGAGCCAAGAUCAACGUAACAUAUCACAUGCUAUGAUAUCGAUGAUUGAGAAUAAACUUGUUUGGGUGAUAACAUGGUGGAAGACAAAAACUCCAGAAAAUGUUAUCAAAGGAUACAAAGUGAAUUUGCAACAUGCGCUUGGUACAUGGGUUCCAAAUGGAGUUCUUAAUUUCUUAUUCAAGCACAGUUAUAGCCGAAAGGUGAGUGUGCCAGAAAAAAUAUAUUAUGUAAUUAAUUGGUUCAAUUUUUUUUUUUUUUUUUUGUUACAGGGAUUAAAAAAAGUUAAAGCUCAAGGAAUUGGAGUUCAUAAGCCCGAAGAAAUUUUGGAAUUUGGACAAAAUGAUCUUAAAGUUUUAUCUGAUGUUUUAGGCGACAAAUUGUAUUUCUUUGGAAAUGAACCCUCAACUCUGGAUGUAGUGGCUUUUGCAAACUUGGCUCAAUUGUUCUUUUUAGACAAAGAUGUUGAAUGCCAAUUACGAGACUAUUUAGUGGACAAUUUUGGAAAUUUAGUGGAGCACACAAACCGCAUUAAGGAACGGUGUUUUCCUGAUUGGGAAGAUAUGUGUAAGAAUCUAGACUUGAACAGCCACUUGCCAAAACCACCGCCAGUUGAAGAAAAGCCUAAGGAAGAUGGAGAUAAGAAGGCCGCAGAAAACAAAAAUACUGAAAAAGAAGCUAAAGAACCAUCUGAUGAAAAAGGUGAUGGAAAAAAGGAAGGAGAGAAAGAACCAGAAGACAAAUGAGCGGUAUUUGCACUGGUUACAAUGAAGCAGACUCAUCACCAUCAUUUUAAAUUAAGCGAUUUCACCAACACUUUUGACCCAUCAUUAUACUACUGA